UCUUUAUUGAGCGUGUAAAAAUUUCCGUAUACAUAAUUUCUAUAUCUCGCUAUCACGUUUCAUUAAACACGUUGAGGUAUUAUAUGAACACGUGGACGUAAUAUGCAGAUUAAUUGCAUAAUGGCUUUUACAUACUAGACUAGAAAGUGGAACCAGAUUAUAUUUUUUAUUGGCACUAGCGGCUCUGACGCGCUACGCGUGCUUAUCUUACACUUAUGGGUGUUAUCUUUUGAUAUAAAAAAAAUGUUUCAAUAAUUUAUUUGUACAAGCGUAUUGGCUUCAUUUCAUGGGCAUUCAAACGAUAUAUAGCAUGCCGAAUGUAAUGCCUAAUCGAUAUUUGAAGCAUCGAUUAAUCCGAUUCCAGGUCAAAAUACUGAACAUCCGCAUUAAUUUCGUUAUCUUAAUUAAUGUGCGACACUGUGGAGCAAUAAUCGUCAUAAAAUCUCAAUUCACGCUUAAUAACGUAUUCUCAAUUGAUUUAUUGCAAACACACGUGUUUGAGAAAUUGGACAAGUAUUCAGGAGACUGAUCUAUAAAAGUUAUCGGUAAUAAUCCCUUUCAGUCAGUUUUAACUUAAUAUCACUCGAACCAUUAUACAGAUGCGAAAAUGGUAAUUUUUUCCGCUGCCUGCAUCGUUCUGGUACUCCACACGAUCAUCGAGGACGUUAGUGCAAGGGCGCCAACAAAAAUAAUUGGUGGUACUGACACAACGAUUGAAGAAUUCCCAUCAAUCGUCUCAAUUAGAGACGAAGCAGGGGACCAUAUUUGCGGUGGAACACUGAUCAGUAAUAAGCAUGUGAUGACCGCAGCUCAUUGCCUCGUUACAAUGGAGAAAAAACGUCACAAAGUAACAAAAUUUGUCAAUAAGGUCACCGUGUGCGUCGGUGGUUGUCGUAAAAAUUUGGAAGAACCACGGGAAGUCAAGCGAACAGAUAUCCACGAACUGUUCGAUGGUGAUUAUUCUGAGACAUCGUACAUAUUGCAUGACAUAGGAAUCAUUACGUUGAAAGAAGCCAUAGAAGAAAGUCCCACUCGAAGACCUAUUGCAUUACCAUCUGAAAACACACCAAUUGGUGAGACUGGUUACGUGGCUGGCUGGGGAUCGGUGGACAAGUCUUUGAUUGAAAUUCCCCUAACAUUACAAAAAGCCCGAAUGAACAUAAUAGCAUGCAAGAUUAUCCCGGGAACGAUGAAAAUUCCGGACACUGAAAUAUGCGCCUUCAAUCGCAAAGAUAUUGGAUUCUGUGUGUACGAUAGCGGUAGUCCACUCAUAGUAAAUAAUGAAGUCGUUGGAAUUGCUUCAUGGAAAUGGACACCGUCUUGUGCUGAGGGUUAUCCCGAUGUCUAUACAAGAGUCGAAAGCUAUGUCGAAUGGAUUCGUAAUAUUAUCAGUCCUCAUCAGCCCAUCAAAGAGGAUGAGCUCCGAUAAAACAUACCGAUGAUAAUGAAGUGAAUAAUCGAUCGGUUAUUUUUUUCAUCUUUUGCAAUCUGAACAGUUGAUAAAAUUCAAUAACGAGAUAAAAU